AUGCCCGCCUAAUCCCCUUUAUCUUUUUGGCUCGGCUUUUCCGCUGUUGGUUUGUAGGACGACCCUUGGGCAGCGUCGGCCGCAAACUUCUGGGAGAGAAAGGACCCAGGCUUGGCGCAGGGCUGUGUGAGCGGACGAGUGCCGAGUGGAGAGCUGAAUGCUGCUGCAAGCUGAAGAAACUUUAAGUCUAGAUUCUUGACCAAAUGGAAAUGCUGCCAGAGCCAAUUUUUCCUUGCUGACCUGUUGACAUGCUUUAAUUGCAGAUUUCUGUGGCUACCAAAGCUCAGGACACAAUAUCAAUCUCACCAUGAUGCUUGAACAUCUGUAGCUCACUGGAGGAUUUUAAAAAGAAAUUCAGCAUGACCUAGUUGGCUUGACCUGUGGAAAUUUUAUAAUGUCCUCUGGAACAAGUAUCAGCAGAAAUAGGCAGGCUCCCAGCCUGCAGGGUGUUGACCCAGAAACAUGCAUGAUAGUGUUUAGAACACAUUGGGCACAGGUUCUGAAAAUCUUAGAGAAGCAUGAUCCUUUGAAAAAUACUCAGGCAAAAUAUGGGGCAAUCUCACCUGAUGAGGCCAGCACUGUCCAGAACUAUGUGGAGCACAUGCUUUUCUUAUUAAUUGAGGAGCAAGCAAAGGAUGCCUCAAUGGGGCCUAUUCUGGAGUUUGUGGUCUCAGAAAACAUCAUGGAGAAGCUCUUCCUUUGGAGCCUACGGCGAGAGUUCACUGAUGAGACAAAAAUUGAGCAACUCAAAAUGUAUGAAAUGCUUGUAACCCAGUCUCAUCAGCCUUUGCUGCAUCACAAGCCCAUUUUGAAGCCUUUGAUGAUGUUGCUGAGCUCCUGCUCAGGAACAACCACUCCAACAGUGGAAACAGAGUUGGUUAUCCUCUUGAACCAGCUCUGCUCUAUAAUAGCCAAAGAUCCCUCAAUUUUAGAACUGUUUUUCCACACUAGUGAGGACCAAGGAGCUGCCAAUUUCCUAAUUUUUUCCCUGCUGAUCCCCUUCAUCCAUCGAGAAGGAACAGUAGGCCAACAGGCCCGGGAUGCACUGCUUUUUAUUAUGUCUCUGUCUGCAGAAAACAACCUUGUUGCAAACCACAUAGCAGAAAACACCUAUUUUUGCCCAGUGCUAGCAACAGGACUAAGUGGCCUCUAUUCAUCUUUGCCUACAAAGCUGGAAGAAAAAGGAGAAGAAUGGCACUGUCUGAUGAAAGAUGACUGGCUUUUGUCACCAGCCCUUGUACAAUUCAUGAACUCCCUUGAAUUUUGCAAUGCUGUGAUACAGGUGGCACAUCCCUUGAUACGCAACCAGCUUGUGAAUUACAUUUACAAUGGAUUUUUGGUGCCGGUAAUGGCUCCUGCGCUCCAUAAGGUGACUGUGGAGGAAGUGAUGACUACGACUGCAUACCUGGAUCUCUUCUUGCGCAGCGUUUCGGAGCCAGCCCUCCUCAAGAUUUUCCUCCGCUUUAUUUUGCUGCACCGACAUGAGAAUGUUCAUAUCCUGGAUACACUUACCAGCAGAAUCAACACACCAUUCCGGCUCUGUGUGGUCUCCUUGGCGCUGUUCAGAACGCUCAUUGGCUUGCAUUGUGAAGAUGUGAUGUUACAGCUAGUUUUAAGGUAUCUGAUCCCGUGCAACCACAUGAUGCUGAGCCAGCGGCGGGCUGUGAAAGAGAGAGACUGCUACUCUGUAUCUGCUGCAAAACUGCUGGCCCUGACACCUCUCUGCUGCUCCACCGGAAUCACUUUGACACUUGAAAGCCAAGGAAAAGACUAUAUUCUCUGGACAAAACCAGCACUAACUAAAGAUCCUGAUAGACACUCUUCUGAAUCUGCUUGCAUUGUGGAAUAUGGAAGGGCUGUGGACAUCAGCUACUUGCAGUACCUGGGGGAAGCUCAAGAAGCCAUCAUCCAGUGCAUGAAAGAUUGUAAGGUUUGGUCUGCUUUGUAUGAUGGAGUAAAUCCCGAUCCAGACACCUUUAUCCAGACGCUUGCAGAGGAGAACAGUAUGGAUGUGGAGCACCCCAUGUUUCGGCUCCAGCAAAGGACACCUAGCACGUGUAGCUCUGCUCGAGCAACUCCAUUCAGUGAGAAGAUGCAGCUGGAGCUAGAAUGGGAUGAUAGCUAUGACACAGGGAUUUCUCCUGGUUCUAAUGUGAGCUCGCCACAACCGUAUGAUGAUUUGGGAAGCACAGAAAUGCAGCCACCUGCAGAGCCACCAAAACACAUUCAGGAAAUGAAAAAAAAUGCCAUUAUGCUCGUCAAAGGCUCUUACAUAGAGGAGUCAGACUUUCAGGAUGAUAUUAUGGUUUACAGGUUAUGUGCCCAGAAGGAUACUCAAGAUGAUGACAGCUCCAAGGAGAAAGCUUUAAAUGUAGCCAGAGAACACAAGGUGCAGAGCCAGAGCGUAGUCAAUGGGUCUCUUGCAAAGACCCAGCUGGAAAUGGACUUGGAUGAGCACAGUAAGAGAAAUUCAAGCUCAACUAAAGGUGUAAUGAGAGAACAAAUAAACCAGAAAAUGACUGAGAUUGAUCCACAGCCAGACUUAGAGUUAAAGAUUUCUUCUCAGGAGGCAGAUUGUAACUUAAGUGUAAAACUGCUGAGCACAGAUGGUGAGGAUUUCAUUGCACAGUAUGACAGAAUUAUUAAGGAACUGGUUCCAAACAGUGCAAGCAUGGAGGAGCAGAAGUUGGAUGCUCCUGAUCCUGUCUCUCCAGCAGAAGAAGAGGAGGACUUUGAGAAUUUCUCAGCAGAUACCCCUUCUGCAGAGAGCGUAUCACCUCCCUUUGGACCAAAGGAGGAUGUCUCACCCAAGCACUCUCCAAGGAGCCAGAGUGCUCCAUUUACAGGACCAUUCAUCAGCGUAGUGUUGUCGAAGCUGGAGAACAUGCUGGAGAAUUCCUUGCAUGUAAAUUUGCUGCUUAUUGGGAUUAUUACUCAGCUGGCAAGUUAUCCACAGCCGCUUCUUCGCUCCUUUCUGCUCAACACCAACAUGGUGUUUCAGCCCAGCGUGCGCUCACUCUAUCAGGUGCUGGCAUCUGUGAAAAAUAAGAUUGAACAUUUUGCUUCCAUUGAAAAAGACUUCCCAGGUCUUCUCCUGGAGGCCCAACAGUACCUGCUUUUUCGUGUGGACAUGUCUGAUGCUGCAGAAGAAUUGCUUACCAAAGGAGUUUGCACUUGAACCUCAGCCAGUUUGUAAACAACAUCCUCCUCAAGACAUAACAUCAGUGCUGCCACUCAGAAGGAAGAACUGCCAUCAGCCUACUUUGAACUAGUGCUGCAAGCCAAAGGUGACUGAAGUCCCAGGGCCACACCUGCUGCACUCCUGACAAUGUCUGCCCUGCAGGCACAUCCUAAAGAACAAUUCUAAAGAAGUAGCUAUGAGGCCUGAGGUAAGUGUGAUCUUUAAAAAGUAUGGCUUAGCAGUCUCCAGAAGGGAUUUAAGAACUUCAAGCAUCUGGUACUAAAUUUCACUACAUGAAAAUUUGACAGGUUCCUUCUUGUUGCAUUUCCUGUUAAUGGCUCAAUCAGCUAAAGCUGGUUGGGAUGGGUAAGUUUAUUCCAGAUCCCAAAUGCGUUUUGGUGAGUACUGAAAGCCAGGAACUGAAAAACAAACGAUGUAAAAAACGCCAAAUAAAACCUACCAGCACAAAAUCCCCUUAGGAUUAAGUAGUGGAGAGGACUGAACCCCAGCUGAAUGCAGCUCAGCCAACUGCAUGUUCUAUUCCUAAGCAGUACAGUUCCAAACUGCAUGUUCCAAAGCAGUACAGUUCCAGAAGAUAGGAGAAAACCAUGUGCCAGAGAAGCAGCAGCCCUGGGCAUUGAGCAUUUGUAACAUAGGACCAAGUUCUUGCCUGCAGAGAAAAAAUAACCGAACUGGAUCUGGGGCUGUCCUGUUCAGGGCCAGAAGCUGGACUCUAAUGAUCAACUCCAGCUAUUUUAGGAUUCUUCUUGUUCUGCUGUAGAUUGUACAGGGCUGGCAGAAGCACAUCUGCUGUUCUGAGCCUCUGAUGCCAAAAUGGGAUGUGACCCGCAGAAGGGCUCAGGCGCACACCCCGUAGGCACUCCUCAGCACUGAGAGCAGGCACAGCAGCUAUGUGGGUGCAGAACUGGGAGGAGGUGAGCAAACAACCUGACAGGGUGAGAUGCUGGCACUUCUGUCUGUGGCACUACCCUUAGGCACACAGUGAAGCAGCUUGUGGCUUCAACCUUUCCUCUUUCCUCAGAAACCAGCAAGAAUGAGAGCAGUGAACUUUCUGUUCCCUGCUGUAAGGCAUGGAGGCACACAUGGGCUCCUCAAUUACUUCUGGGCAUUUUAAUAAUUGUUCCUGUUGGGCUCUGUGAAUGAGCACUCACAGUGUGCUCACACUGACAGUGAGUUAUGGUGUGCAUGCCCAGAUUGAGUAUUUGAGAUUGUGAAUCCCCCUUCUCACAAACAGGCGGACAGAAAAGCUGAGUUUGUACCCGCUUUAUUGGAAAACUGACCCAUGCAGUCUCAGCUCUCUGUGUACUCACAGACACCUCUGGGCGCUUGUUUCCCAGGGCUGUGUGGAAAUCACAUUUCCAAGUGCCACAUCAAAGCAUGGGAGAUGCAAAUGGCUGUAUCCUGCUUUUCUCUGGCCCAUCUGCCUUUGGCUGAUGCAUCUAGGGAAGGCUGGGACUUCAGGCUGCUUGAAGUAUAUCCAAGAAGCAUGAUGCUGCACAAGGACACACCAAAGUUCACUUGCAGACAGAAUGAAGCACAUGCUUCUUUAGUUGCUUGUGUGCUUUUCUCUUCUGGCUACUCUGAUAGCUUCUUCUCUAAUAAUUGCUUCACCAGAACAGGAUUGGAACGUCCUUGUGUUUUCUUUUGUACCAGACCAAUUAACUUAUUUAGAACUUUUGGAUUUCCUGCCUUGAUCGCCAUAACCUUUAAAGAAAAAAAAUGCAACAGACACCAUUGUUACAGGAAAACUGAACAUUCCCCACCAAGGUAUGAAUAUUUUUGUUCUUUGGACUGUUGUGAUAAAAGACUACAUUUUGGGAUAAAGUGUUAUUUAUAAAAACUGCCUUCAGCCCUGCAAUAAGCUCCUGCUCUGCUCCCAUGAGACAACAGCAAGUCCCUACAGCAUCAGGGCCUUACAACUAAUAGAGCUCCUCUUAUUGAAAGAGUCAGAAAAUACUUUUGGAUUUUACAGUGUCUGCAGUUUGAACGGCAACUUCCUGGAAAAAAGCCAGAGAAAUGAGAUAGACUUGCCUUGCUAAUAGGAUCUACCAUUUUACUGAAUAUAAUGUCCUGUUAUAACAGGUGAUUUGAAUAAAAUCAAAAUCUAUUUGAUAAUAUUGGUGAGGUCCUUCAAGCACAGACGUAGGUGCUUUUUAUUUCCUUCCAGCAACUACUCCUCUGCAACAUGAUGAUUAAUUAACUGGUCAAAUAUGCCCUGCUAUCAGACAGCCUUUGAUGCAUAAUCACCUGCUACCCUGCAAGAACCAUGCUUAAAAGCUGAAAGGAUCAGAAAUUUCACCUUUGGGCCUUCCUAAAGGAGAUGCUACUGCUGAAAGACAAGCAUCUGGCUACUGUUUGUGUGGCAGGGAAGGCAUUUUCUACCUUGUCAGAGUUACUAGGCAGAACACAAUCGAUGCAAAGAAACAGGAUGACAUAUUUGCAGAUGUUCAGGGAAGGGGUGCAAACAUAGGAGCUAUACACUGUGCCAAUACCAAAUUCAAAUGCAAAUACUGCUUCUCAUUACAGUAUCUGAAUUAUUGUCAGUCUAAAAUCUUCUCUGUUAUGUUGCACAGUGGGAAAGACUCAUUACUCUGGCUCUGCUAGAAAUUACCUAUGUGGAGCAGAGUGCAGUACAGUCCUGCACUGUCAUAAGUGCUCAGUGUUGGUUUGAGCAGCUGUUUAGAAGCUAUUUCAUUCUGAAAAAAGUUACUCUCAAAACACAUUGAAAUGGGAGUGUGGUUACGGACCUUCCAGCUCCUGCACUUCCCAGUCAGUUCUAACGUUUUCUCUCUCCCUGCCUAUUCUUUCAUACCAGCCUGGAAAUACAGCAGCACUUUUAUCAGGCUCUGCAAAUGAGUCAAGUCGGAUGGAGGUCACGCCGACCUACUGCAAGCUCGUUUUAUCAAAAGCUCUUGCAGAGCUGUUAGCUUCCCCCAAUGAGAUCUGGAGUGGGUGGUAUUGUUCUCAAAAGAUGUUAAUGUUUUUUUCCAAAUGGCAAAUGGAGCUAGACAUUGUUUAUAUUAGAAGUAAGCUAUUCACUUCUGCUUUUACAUUUUUGCUCCAGAGAACAUAUAAGCACUUGUUUUCAUUUUGCUUUUUAUAAAGCAGAUUAUAUAGACUCUGUCAAGAUCCCUUCCUACUCCUCCCCUUCAUGAUCAACAAGGGUUUUUUCCCUUUUUUCCAGCUCAGACCUUGUUAGACUGAGCCACACUGGCUGCUGUGUGUCUUUCAAGGAGAUGGGGAAGAGCCAAUCAUCCCCCAUGGGGAGUGUUUGUGUUGCUGCCACAGCCCAGCAGAACAGCAGAGUGGGCAGCAGCUCUGGAGCUGCUGCUGCCACCACAGGGCUCUGGCUCCUCCCCACGCCACAGCCACUGUCAGGCAGGAGAGCCAGCCAGGCUCCUCUCUUUGGCAGUGGACAGAGACAGGGACAUGGCAAAAAGAUGCAAGCAGAAUUUCUGCCUUGCCAGCUCUGAUACAGUCUCUAAUUCCAUAACUAAUGUAUGCCUUGCUGGCAGGUAACUUCAGCUUCAGAACAGUUUAACAGUGUUGCCCCAGUAUCACAACAGAUGACAUAAAAAUCAGAGUUAUGUGGCUGCAGGGCAGGGUCAGGUUAAUGGCAGUACCGCUGGAGAGGGAUAGGGCCCUGCAGUUUUGCUUUCCUGCAUUAAAGUUUUAUGGGCUCCCAGAAUGACUUAGCACAUUAGCCAGACUGGUAAUUUGUUUUGCAGAUCAUUUUGUGUAAGUUUCAGUUUCAAAAAACCCACUUAGUAAAAUAAGAAAGAAGAAAAGCUUGAUAAUAUCUUGGCAGCAGCUUUACUGCUCUGGCUCUAGAGCACAAAUGCCAUCAAAAGGGAAAAAAAGAGAGGCUAUUUUAACCCCCUUUCCACAGACUGCCACAGUGCAGCAGGUUCCCAGCACCAUCAUAAUCACCUCAUUUUCUUGUCCAUCAAUCACUGCCUGGCAGAUCUGUUCAAGCUCUUUUUGAUCCUGUAACAGUUCAAGUUUCUGUUCUUUAACAAUUUCAAGAGGAGUCUUCCCUUCUCCCUUCCACAAUUCCGCAAGCACCUGAAAAUCACAGUAAAAGCAGCAAAGGUCAGUGGCUUAGCUUACGAACAUUGUUUACAUGCAGUAUUUUGGUUAUGGUUCCAAGAUACCCUAUUUUUGCUAAGAGCUGAUUGUCUAAACGUGAACAAGCCCAAGAUUUAAUAAUGUGUCUCUCUGAAAGAGCCCUCGUACCUCCCUCCUUUUCUGCCAGCUGCACUGAGACAAAGCUCUGCCCCUUCCUGCACGAGUCCAGGUUAAUGGUUGGCAGCAGCUGCUGUGCAGCCUCCCGCUCCCCCAGGGCUGGGGUCUCUCCAGAGGGGAUUGCUGAGCACAACGCCCUGCUCCUCUGGGCUGGCAAGCCCAGAGCUGCUGCUCCCUGGCUGCGAGAGGAGCCACCCCAGCAGGGAUGGCUGCAAGGCUGCUCCUCUGCCAGUACUCCUGCUCUUCUCACAUCCUUCACAGAACUGCCCGGGAGCAGCAAGGAAAUGCAUCUCCAUGAGCAAUGGCUCUGCCCGGGAACUGGCGAUUAGCUGACUAUUGUACCAAGUCCAAUCCCAGGUAACUCAUCCCAUUACCAGUCCUUGCCAGCAGGCUGUAAUGAGGAUAUGUAUGACAAAGCAGAAGAAAAAUGGUGCCAAGCAGAAUGAAUGCAGCAGCUCCAGCCUACCUAUGCAUCAUCUCCAAGUACUGGACUGCUGGGCAAAUCCAGGCCUGUGGAAUAAUCACUUGUUAAUGCUAGUGUUUUCCUACACUGCAGCAGGACUAUUGCCCUGGAAUACACUUGAGAGGAGAGAACAUUUAUAAAAAACCAAUUUCCUUGGGCAGUCAUUUUCUGUAUUCCCUUUGCUUUUAUUUCAGGGUCGUGGGAGGAGAGUAAGAAAACCCUUAUUAAAACAGCUCGCUGUGCUCCAUCCUGAGCUGAAGAUAUAAUUGUAUGUUUGGGCCAUUGCUGUGUCCCAAUAUGGAAAUGCAAGUCAUGUCAAAAUCUCAGCAUUAAAUAUUCCCUGUAGGAUGAAGAAGAGGCUCUGGUGGGAAGACAAGGAGGGGCAUUCAAACUGCAUGUCAAAUAAUUUGCAGGGCAGCAAGAGAACUCAGGUAGAAUGAUGCACAUGGGAUGGGAUCUUAACUACCCCAGCAAUUUGCUUCAGCAUGACAAAUUUGUGGGUACAAAAGACCUUUGGUUAAAGAGUUCUCUAUUCACAGCAAGUAUUUAAGAACUGUGUAUUCGUACAAUUGCUGCAAGAGGACAUUUGUUUGCCAGUGGCACUCUGAAGCUUUUUAUGGGAUCUUAUCAACUCUUCUGGAGACCUUAUGAGAGGGUAAUGACACACAGCUGUAUUGUGGCAACUACAUCUUAAUUUUUCCUUGAGAGAGGGCCAAAGGCAGAUCACAAUAUUGAAGUUACUGAUAAGCCACCAGAGCUACAAUAGCUGUAAGUAAAGCUUUCAGAUCUUUACACUGAAUAAAUCAGCGCUGUAUAUGAUGUCUUCUACAAGAUCUUCCUUCUAGUGUGAUAUUUAAAAAUCAUCAUGCCAGUGCUACCUGGAAUAACCCUAGAAAUAAAUACAUCAUAUCCAACAGAGAUUCAGCCUGUCUGCAGCUGUUUGCCUUUUUUUGUGAU